CAGCGCGGGGGGGAGCACGGCCCCUUUAAGAGCGGCGCCGCCAUGAUCUGCCUGGUGCUGGGGCUCUUCGCCGGCCUCUUCCACAGUGCCUUCGGCGGGGUCAAUGAACGAACCUUCGUGGCCAUCAAACCGGACGGGGUCCAGCGGCACCUGGUCGGGGAGAUCAUCCGGCGCUUCGAGAGGAAGGGGCUGCAGCUGGUGGGGAUGAAGCUGCUGCAGGCCUCGGAGGAGCUGCUGAAGGAACACUACCUCGCCCUCCGGGACCGUCCCUUCUACGGCCGCCUGGUGAAGUACAUGAGCUCCGGGCCCAUCGUGGCCAUGGUCUGGCAGGGCCUGGAUGUGGUGAAGACAGUUCGCGCUAUGAUCGGGGAGACCAAUCCAGCUGAAUCCAGGCCUGGCACCAUCCGAGGAGACUUCUGUGUUGAAGUCAGCAAGAACGUGAUCCACGGCAGUGACUCGGUGGAGAGUGCCCAGCAGGAGAUCUCGCUCUGGUUCCGCCCGGAGGAGCUGCCGUGCUGGGAGGACACAGCUGCGCACUGGAUCUACGAGUGAGGAGCAAUCCCAAGGGAAGUUCAGCUUCCUGCUGGCACACGGGACAUUUCCAUCCAUUUCAUGGCAGCUGCUGGGGCUGGCUGCAGAGCCUCUGUGGGAUUUCUCUUCUGCCUGUGGGAGCUGAGCUGUGUGUGGAACUCUGUGGUCCAGCUCCUGCCAAGGGGAGCUGCUUCUUUAUUUCUCUCUCUGCUCUAGUUAGUUGGUAUAGUUGCUCUGUUUGCUGCAGCAUCUUAAAUCCCAAGUGGCUCAAGCUGAUGAAUUGAAGUAAAACUUGGGCUCUUGGCCCAUUCUCUGGUGUUCUCAUCCCUGCCUGGAGCAGGAGAAUGCAUUUUCCUUGCUGCUGGGAGAGGUGCUGGUCACUAGGGUGAUGGCGCUUGACAAUUUACCUGCAUUUCUAGAAGGCUUUGCACCAAAGGGUUUUAAAGAAUUGGGCUGCUGUAGGAUAAAGGAGCAAAUUCUCAUUUUGGAGUUCAUUCCAAGACAAGGAAUGAAGGAUGGGACAAUUCUCUCUCCCUUGGUGGGAGCCCUGUGUGCUGGGGCCUGGCACGAGCUCCCCCAGUUUCAGAUGUGAUGAGCGAGUCCGUGGAAGGAAGGUUUUCCAAAUGCUGUUAAACGCACAAUUCCUCAGGCUCUGUUUCCUGGGCUGUGGCUGCUCCUCCAGGUCUGCUCUGGUUCUCUAGGGCUGCAUGGCCCUGACCCAACCUGACACCAGACUGUCCCUCUCUGGUCACUGAAGCAGCAGCACUGGGGCAGCCACAGGAAUAGAAGGGGGAGAGGGAGGCAGGGAUGGGUUUGUGGAUCUGGAGCUCAGGAAGGACUAUUUAGGGGAGUAUUUAGUUCUCUCUUGUGCACAGCACAGGCUGUGGAGUCCUGGCGCUGAGCUCUGGCAGAUCCCGACCUCUUCCUUGUCCCCCUGAGAGCUUGCAGUGGAGCUUUCCUGCUGGGAGGGUAUCUGGAAACCAGUUUGUACUGGGCUGGACACCAGCUGUGAGGUGUCCCUGGGCCACCCAGCUCCUCAGAGCUGUGCUGUGUCUGAGCUCCCUGUGCAGCCUCACCAGAGCAUAAGGACAGGGGCAGUGACAUGGAAUCCUGCCAUGGAACAGGGACAGAGUUAAACCAAGGGAACAAGAUCCCCAGGGCUUUCCUGUGUGCAGGAUGUUUGACCUGUGCCCUAAAAGCCUGUCCCUCUGGGUCCUCAGCUUUGUAGGUGCUGGGGAACGAGGGCAGCUCUUGGGGAGCAAAGUCACCCCCUUCCCGCAGGGUGGUGGGGCUCAGCAGGAGUGGGAGGUCUCCCUCCAGGGAGUGGGGCUGCCCAGCUGCCUCAGCCAAGCCUCCUCCUGCCUUGGGGCCUUCUCCGGGCACCUGUGUCUAGCUCUAAAUACCUGACUGAUCCCCUUUGUUCCUGGAAUUUGUCCACUUGGCUGCAUUUGGAGCCUGGCUGCAGAAGACGCUGGUGAAGACUGAGGUGUGAAGCGAGUGGGAGGAAGGCCACAUUUGUUGUUUAACAGAUGCAUUGAGAAGAGCUGUUGGCACCAAGAGCUGCCAGCUCUAAUACAGGAAAACGCUGCCCAAAUAUCUGAGCUUUAUCUCCUGUUGUUGCCUCUUCCUGAAGAAUCCCUCUCCUCCCUGUUUACACGGAUGAGAUUUAAGAUGCUCUCCUGGUUCCAAAGCCCACUGAACUCCAGUCAAAUAACAGACCUGGCUCAUGGAGACACAGUCCCAGGCCAGUCCUCUCCUCUCUGUGUGUAGGUUUGGUGUCUGCCAUGACCUCGUCCCACUCCGGGGCACGACGGAGCAGCAGCUGGAGGGAAAGGGCCCCCAGAGACUCUGCUGGGAGCAGGCACAGGAGCUGAGCUGGGGGUGGUCUUCCUCCAGCCCCUGGGGACUUUUAAUUGCUUUGCAUGUUGGUUCCUGCUGCUUCUCCUCUCUCCAAGACUGUUAAGCUGUAAUAAUAAAAGUAGAAGCUGUC